GCAAAGAAGCACGCUGUUCAGUGCAAUAUUAGAAAAAUUAUUUCAUUUCGGAACGUGUAUAUAUAUGGUCUGAGCAACAAAUUGUUCUAGUAGCAACACUGCCAUCAUGAACUGUUAUCUAAUCUCAAAGUUGGGCCAUUACGUUACCGAUAUUUCCCAUACAAAACGAACUAUAUACACAUUCCUAUUUCGGUUUUUUGACGUACAAUUAAACUUAUUGUUCUUAGACAAUAAAUCAAUCGCCUUGGACUCGUAAAAACAGCUGUGACGCAUGGCUCAUCCUUGAUUUUCUGGUGGACGCGUGUCGAUGAUCAUGGUUUCGAGCAAAAAACGUUUUCAAAUAAAGUGAGACGAUUUAUCGCCAAGUCGGACAUACCGGUGGAAGCCACGGCGAGUCAAGGACCGUAUAUCCGGGUCGGAGAAAUGCAAAGGGAAAGAUGGAUGGAAAUGGAAGCCAGUGUUGUAAGACGUAAGGAAUUUUAACUGCGGCACCUGACCCUGACCAUAUAACCGUAUCUACGAGACAUCCAGAUAUGAACAAAAUGGGAAACAUUGAAAAAACGUAAGGAGCAAAGAAAUGAUAAGAGUUUUUCUCACUAAAUUUCUCAUGUCUUAAACCAUAAAUGAAAGUCAUCUGCGUAUCAGAUCAGACGCACGUGUUUUCUGUACUUUGGACCAUACUAAUUUGAACGCCUAUGUAUAGUAUUGAUGACUCUAAAAGUAAAUACUGGUAAGGAAUGAUUAAUUGGUCGUCUUGCGAUUCUUAGAGUUGUGUUAUCGUGAAAAAAGGCGAUGACGAUGCAACUACACGAAAAUACAAAAAAGAAAUGACGGUAGUUGACGUAGUUGAUAGUCACUCAGUGCUCUAGCCGGAGACCAGAGAGUUUCUCUCUGAUAAAACAAAAACACAGUGUACCACAGUACUUGAGUUUUCCUCGUCGACGACAGUAUUAAAGUUUUUAAUCAGACCAUGAAACCGCUGGCGGAUUUACCUCUGAUAUCAAGAUUGUCGGCGAGCGUGAUACGAAUUUUGGGAUGCAAUCCUGGGAUGAUGACGUUGCAGGGUACAAACACAUACCUCGUUGGAACUGGCACCAGGCGCAUACUGAUAGACUCGGGUGAGGCAGAAACUGCCAAUAAGUAUACGAAGGUAUUGAAACAAGUAUUGGAGGAUGAAAAGGCAACUGUCGAGCACUUAGUGGUUACACAUUGGCACGGUGACCAUCUAGGAGGAGUGAAUUCUGUUCAACAAUUGUUGAAGAGUUUGAAUGGUACAGGAACAGCCAGCACAGUAUGGAAGCUACCAAGAGCGCCGGAUGAUCAACCAAGCUUGAGCGAAGCUGAGAAAAAAACUUCGUGGGAAAACUUGAGAGACGAACAGAUAUUUGAAGUGGAAGGUGCAAAAAUCCGUGUUCAGUAUACUCCAGGACAUACCACCGACCAUGUUUCCCUCCUGAUGGAAGAUGAACAGAUAUUGUUCAGUGGAGAUUGUAUUCUUGGAGAAAGAACAACGGUCUUUGAAGAUUUAUAUACUUAUUUAGGUUCCCUGAGGAAAAUUUUGGCAAUGAAACCGAAGGUGAUCUACCCGGGUCAUGGAUCAGUGAUAGAGGAUCCAGAACCCUCGAUCAAGUUUUAUAUCGAGCACAGGCUGAAAAGAGAGAAUGACAUUUUGGCUGUUCUUAGUGAAAAGGGAGAGAACAGCACGCUGUCUGAAAUUGACAUCGUGAAAAAUUUAUAUACGGACAUCUCGGAAAGCAUGUGGGAGGCAGCAGCUCACAACGUGAAUUGCCACCUUGUCAAGUUGUUAAAAGAAGGCAGAGUGAAAGGUGAGAAAGGAAAGUGGCAAAGUAUAUAA